AUGAGGGCAGAUGGAGUAGAAAAUGCAUACCCGCCAGAGCCUUUCGGCGAGUCUAGGCCUGUCGACCCGUUUCCCUCCGCACUGCCCAAAUCUCCAGAUGGUACACCUAUAUUGGGCACGAGUUCUGGAGAAACAGCGGACCUGACAGAGGAAAGUGUUGAUCCAACCCCCCUUCCUCAAAUAUCACCAGCAAACGCAGUGACAGAGUCCACGCCUCUGGAAGCUGCAUCAAUUCCAGAAUCCACCCCGACUACCGAACCUGUGCCAUAUGUUGAUCCCAUGGCCAAGGAACCUCGUGGGACUCCGGAGGGUAAUAUACUCAUCGAUGUUACUAGUGUAGCUAGGACACUAGCACAAACUCUCAAAGGCUUGGGUGCAGUGGAUACACGCGCUCUUAUCCAGGACUUGGCCCUUUUAACUCACGCCGAGAUAAUGUCGCUUCGUGAAGAGUAUAAAUCACUUGUCAAAGUAGGCCCAGAACGCAAAGGCGUCAAUGUCGCCAAGCACAUUCGUGUGCGCCUCAAAAACGAUUCUCCAACUUUGAUGGAAUCCUGCUACGCGGUUGCUUUGGGCAAGUGGGAAAGCGAGGCAUAUUGGUGCAAUAUCUACCAUCAUAGCACCGAGAUCCGCCGUGAGCUUCUGAUUGAGUCGCUGAUGGGUCGCACCAAUGAGGAGAUUCGAUUGAUCAAGGAUGCAUUUUCGGACAAAAAGUAUGAUAACAGCCUCCAAAAGUGUCUAAACUCGGAACUCGAGGAAAACAAGUUUAAGAAGGCGCUGCUUCUUGUUCUUGAAGAGCGGCAGAUGGAGGGCUUUGAUUCAAACGGACAACCACUUCCUAUUGACAAUGAACGAGCUGCGAAAGACGUUGAGGAUCUCCGAAGGGCUAUUAAAUCUGAGAAAGGCGGCGAGUCAAGAUUGAUUGAGAUCUUGGUGCAAGGGAGUGCUACCUAUCUUCAGGAGCUGCUUGAGCUCUACCGGAAUCAGUAUAGUUCAAAUCUUGCUCGAGAGAUACUACAAAAAUGCGGGAACCUAGUGGGGGAGUUCCUUGCGCAUCUUCUCAACGGUGUCAUCAACCGCCCUGUUCGUGACGCCCUACUACUAUACAAUGCGAUAACAACAUCCAGAGUGGCCGACUCACGCUCUCAAUUGCUCACAUCACGGCUUGUCCGCUGUCACUGGGACAGGGAGCACAUGGGCGCUGUUUCAGCAGCGUAUAGUUCUCGCUACGGAACCAGCCUUGAAGAGGCAGUAAGAGAAAGUACAUCUGGUGUUUGGGGCGAGUUUUGUGUACAGCUUUGCACUGCACACUUGAAAGAGCGUAUAUACUUCACGUAG